AACGUAGAAAUUGAUUUUACGAUUAACAUUUCUCUUUUCGUAAACUUCCCCACCCCAAAGCCGAAAGCACAGUCCCAUUGAUUCUGCUGAACGCCCUUCGCUUUCUGUUGUUGUUGUUGUUGUUGUUGUUGCAAUGGAUCGAACCCAAAUCCUUCUCGUUGGGUUACCAAUCUUCCUCUUCUUCUCGGACAUUCUGAAUCUCUUCGCUCCUCAACCCCCUCCCAAACCCACCCAUCAUGCUUCCAUCAACCCCAAACCACACCCUCUACCCAUUCUUCAACAACCCCUCCAAUUCCCCACUCAGCCGAAACAGAGUGGCAUUGGCCCAAUUGGACUUGGCAGCACUGUGAACAUUGACUUCUGCACUUCCUGCUCUUACAAGGGAAAUGCAGUAACAGUUAAAAACAUGUUGGAAUCUGCAUUUCCUGGGAUUAAUGUUAUUUUGGCUAACUAUCCACCUCCACUUCCAAAGCGCAUUCUCAGCAAAGUAAUUCCAGUGGUGCAAACAGGAUUUAUUAUCGCUAUAGUUUCAGGUGAACAAAUAUUCCCAAGAUUGGGCAUAACACCGCCAUCAUGGUACUAUUCUUUGCGAGCCAAUAAGUUUAGAAGUAUUGCAAGCACUUGGCUUCUUGCAAAUUUCCUCCAAUCCUUCCUUCAAAGUUCUGGUGCUUUUGAAGUAUAUUGCAAUGGCGAAUUGGUUUUCUCCAAGCUGAAAGAGAACAGAUUCCCUGGUGAAAUUGAGUUGAGGGAACUUGUUGGGAGAAGAUUAGCCAAUCCAAGACUUGUCAGCGGUAUUGAAGGUUCUGUUGAGCUCUAGAACCCUCAAAUAGCUGAUUGCAAGAUUUUCUAAAGGCCAAUUUGAAGUUAGACUCUACAAAGAUACAUGACACAAAUUGAAGCAUGCAAAAUGGAUGUUAUAGAAUAGAAUUUUUGCUUAGAGUUUGUUUAAUCUGUUAUGUACACUGUCAGUUAAGUGAUUGAAUAUUGAGCAGGUAUCUCUCUUAAGUUCUCGCUUAUGAACCCUCUUUCUCUCGACUGAUGAAGUUGGAAUUCAGAAAAAGAUAUUCCUCUAUUGACCUACAUAAACAAACUAAACAGGUGGUUCCUACUAAGUUAGAAGGAAAAUAUUCAAUUUCACUUUUGAGUUGAGAUAGAACCGCUUGUACAGUUUCUGAAAGAUUCCAUUAUUUGUAAUCUUCUUAACUCUUAAAAAUAUGUAGCUCACAGAGAAAACCAGAACUCUCGUGGGAGCAUAAUACAGUCUACAU